UACCUGUAAUUUUAUGAAACUUGAUCAAGUUUGAGUCGAGCUUUUACUUUUAUCCAAUGCAAUCAUGAGGUUUUCUAUCGAGACCAUCCCCACCGUUCUGCUCCUGUUGCUACCAUUAUAUAUCGCUUACAAUGGUUGGGGCGUAUUGGCCACGUUGUUCUUCAUGUUGGUAUGGUUGAUGAUCCGGCAGACUUCCAUUUUUACACAAACUAUCGGCAAGAAAAGCUGCGGUUUGGUUUUGCACUCAAUCACUCUGUCGCACUAUGUAGACAAAGUUCGUUGGUCCAUGGAACAUGUGGGAAUCGAAUUUGACGAAGAAGAGGAUAUUGGCAUUUUUGGCGUUUUCUUCAUGGGUCGAUGGGUGCCUGCUUUGUAUGACAAGGGCUCCAAAAGCUUGGUUUCCAACUCAGCUGACAUCCUCCGAUAUCUGUACGGCAAGUUUUACACCCAAAGCAACGUGGAGGAGUUCUUGAGGCCCUCGAAAGAGGCCGUGGAAUUGGAGAAGAAGUUGGACCUUUUGGGCUUGGAUCUGCGGCGUUAUAUGUAUUAUCAUCUUUUGGUGGCCUCGCCUUUACCCCACGAGAGUGCCCUGACCAUUUGGGGCCUACAUUCGCCUAAUGUGCCUGAAUGGCAAAAGUACUUGCUCAAGGCCAUGAUGCCUUUGCUUAGAGCCUUCUUGUGCAAAGUGGCCAACAUCACGCCUGAGGGGGCCUUGGAUGGUUGGAAGAAGAGCGAAAAAACCUUCAAGGAAAUUGACGCUCUGCUUUCGGAUGGUCGGGCAUAUUUGUUAAACACGAAUCACCCCACGUUUGUGGACGUCACCUUCGCCAGUUUGGCCGCCAUCUUGGUGUUCCCGGACAAUUAUGGUGGUCCACGUUUAGUACCUGAGUCUCGGCCUCAAUUGAAAUUUGCUAGUGCCGACUAUCAAAAGCAUGUAAAGAGCUUCCGACAAACGCCCUCUGGAAAGUUUAUACUUAAAAUGUAUAAGGAAAGAAGUCAGAGAGACUGAAUGUGAAGAAGAAUAUCGGAACACGUACACACCGGGAGCUUUGCACAUCAGAUCUGAUGGACUGUUCAUACUUUAGGAGUAUUUACUUGAGAAACAUUUGCUACCAUGACAUUAUGUGAAAUAAAUGGUUUUUCACGUUAAUUAAACAA